CUGCGUGGUUCUCCCGGGCCCUACGAGCGCUCGGCGGGGGAAGAAGGGGCGAGUUUUGUCUACGGGGUUUCCCGGGCGGAGACGCAGCUGAGAUAUUGCCAUGGCUGCUACUCUGAACUUGGAGCUAGACCCCAUAUUCCUGAAAGCUCUGGGCUUUCUGCAUUCAAAGAGCAAGGAUUCAGCUGAAAAGCUAAAAGCACUACUGGAUGAAUCUUUGUCUAGGGGGAUUGACUAUCGCCCAUCACAGAAGGAGGUAGAUCAGCCCAAAGUAUCUAUUACAAAACCAGUUUCUGUUAAGCAAGAGCCUAAGGCUUCCUCAAACCUUCCUUCAGGUAGCAAUAAUGGCAAGCCCAUUGUGGCCGAAAAGGUGAAAAAAGAAGCGGAGAAGAGGUCUGCUGAUAAACAGAUAAAGCUGGAAAGCAGUGAGGGAGUUGACAUGCCAAAGAAACCAAGACUAGAAAAGCCAGAGACUCGUUCAUCCCCAAUCACAGUACAGACUAGCAAGGAUUUGGCCAUGGCAGACCUUUCAAGUUUUGAAGAAACUAGUGCUGAUGAUUUUGCCAUGGAGAUGGGUUUGGCUUGUGUUGUUUGCCGACAAAUGACGGUUACUUCAGGAAAUCCAUUAGUAGAGUGCCAGGAAUGUCAUAAUCUCUACCAUCAAGAUUGCCAUAAACCUCAAGUGACAGACAAAGAAGUGAAUGAUCCUCGCCUAGUGUGGUAUUGUGCUCGAUGUACCAGACAAAUGAAAAAAAUGGCUCAGAAAACGCAGAAGCCUUCUCAGAAGCCAGCCCCUGCUGUAGUUUCAGUGGCUCCAGCUGUGAAAGACCCGCUGAUAAAGAAACCAGAAAUUAAACUAAAGAUGGAGACAACGUCAACUUUCCUAGCUUUUAAGAGGACAGAAGUCAAGACUUCGGCAGCUAUUUCUGGUAACUCCAACAGUGCCAAUGUUUCCUCCUCGUCAACCAGUGGCCUUACAGGAUGGGCAGCUUUUGCAGCAAAAACGUCCUCCGCAGGUCCAUCAACAGCCAAGUUGGGAUCCACAACCCAGAGUACUAGCAGCAAGCCAGCUACUGCCUCAAAUAAUCAAAAACCUGUGGGUUUGUCAGGGUUGGCGACAGCCAAAGCAGGGCUAGGCUCAAAAAUAGCAACGCCUAACAGUGGCACAACCCCUGUUCCGUUUAAGCCCCUGCCCCCUCUCACGUUGGGAAAAACAGGUCUUUGUCGUUCAGUUAGCAGUGACAAUGUAAGCAAAAUAGGGCUCCCAAGUCCAAGCAGUUCAGCUCCAAGUAUCAGCCAGGCUGCUGGUGGAAACGGAAGUGGUGGAACAGCAGGCAGCAGUGGGAGCAGCACCAGCAAAGCAAAUGCAGAAUCUGGCAAUCAGUCCCCUUCUCUGAAGGGUCCUACUUCUCAAGAAUCACAGCUCAAUGCUAUGAAAAGGUUACAGAUGGUAAAGAAGAAAGCUGCUCAAAAGAAGCUAAAGAAAUAAUAGAAGUAUCUGAUGAAGUGCAAACAUGUCUCUGGGAUCAGUUGAACAAGAGAGUAAUAAAGUCCUAUAAUAAAAGCUAUAAUCAGAUGUCUUUAUUUGGUGGCGGCAGUUGUGCUUUCAAGUCGAAGCAGAAUUGGAUUUUCAGGUAAUGCCAUAUUCUGAACCUGCUUUAGACCUGAAGCCUAAGGGUAUGAACUAUUUCUUUAAAAUAUUUCAAUAAAAAUAUUGUUUGAAAUA